AUGGAUGAGACACCUCGCCUGCAGGGAGCCACAGUGCAGGAAUAUGGAAUGUGCUGUGCAGAACACCUGGGCAAUCAGGCAAAGCUCUACGGGAUACAAUCCAGCACAGCACAGCACAGCACAGUACAGUACAGUACAACACAGUACAGCACAGUACAGCAUCCCCGAGCAUUCACCGAUAGAUGUACAGCUCCCUAUGCAACGUUAUGCGUUCUUGGUGCAGAGUUCGACAUUGAUACUUCGCCAGGACAGUCGAACCCGAAGCUGCCGGAUAUCCGCAAAUCGAUCAACGCAAUGCGAGUAACCGCCAUCGCUCAGGGGAUCAACAAAUGGCUAGAUUCGCUCCAUCGCCAGGUGCCGCUGACCGGGCGAGAGUCACAACGUCUGCUCAAUGCUCUGACAAAUUCCUUUCGCAAGCAGCUUGACGAAGCACAUCCUACCAAGGCACAGGAUGAUGCCGUCUCGGUCUCGAAGCCAACGUCAAGCAAACUUCUCGCAAGAGUGCAGUCCGCAGAGCGACCGGCGAAGUCGCCAAACGAGGCUGUUCAUACUACUUCGGCAGUCGAAAGUGCAGAUCGCCACCUCGCUUCUGUACUCACGAGUCCGUUGAUGAUGGGCCCUGCAUCCAUCGUCGCAAAACCAUCACCACGCAAAGCGUCGCCGACUAAGCUUUCGCCAGCAAAGGUCAAGCAGACAGCUAAAGACGAACUCGUACCGAUUCGUAAAAUCUUCGCAACUAAAUCUACAUUAAUGCCUUUGUCCAAUCAACCCACGCCAACAUCAACGAAAUCAACUGACAUCGCUCGAUCUCCACCAGGAACGAAACCAUUACAGAGCUCGUCGAGUUCCCUCGACGAGGAUGUUCUGAUACCCGCCGUCAAAGCUUCCAAAGCCUCAGGAGAUCAGCAGCCUCGCCAUCCUGCGCAUUCACAAGAGGACAACCUCGCACAGCCUAAACUCAAUCAUCAAAAGAUCUCGUCGAUGCCGCAUCGCGUUAAGGUCUCGUCGAGGCCAGUCAACGAUGAUGAUGACGACGACGAGGCCCACAGCGAUCGGCCUUUGUGGUAUCCUCUGGCAAGGGCAGCACCAUGA